CUCUCGAGUGUUCAAGAUGAGAUCGAUCUGGCUGUGCGUGCUACUCAACCUGUUUACAGUUCUCGGCUAUGCUCAGGCCGACUGCCAGCUGAGUGCUGAUCAGAUUAGUCAAACGAAUCGCAUCUUUGCUUUUCGGGUGGGGAAUCAGUACUAUCCGCUACGAUUGGAUGUGGUCCGUGUGGAUCAGACGCUUGACAUGAUCUGUGAUGCCAAGAACGUAGUGCAGACGAAAUGUCAAGCAAAUGGCAACUUUACACUUUCGCUACCCAUGGUCGAUUGCAAUAAGCCGGUGAGAGCAAGCGUGGAAGCCAUCCCAGAUCGCAGCUGUCCACAUACUAUGUAUCGGGUGGGGCAUGAUCUGGGAGACGAAGGUUUUCUGGAUGUCUAUCGCAGCUGCUAUGAUGUUAGCAAUGCCACGGCCCAUUAUACAAUUCAUGUGAUCUACCCCUACAAGCUGAAUGCGAAUCGUCCGGGUCAAGGCUUCACUACGGACGGCGUCAUAACCGGCGCCACAGCAGCUACAUUCGAGGCUAAGUCCAUUUACGCCCGUUUCAAAGAGCUAUUUGGUUCAGAUCAAACCUACAUUAAAUCUGCACGAGAUCAGGUUUUCGAUCGUGGACAUCUGGCUCCUUCAGCCGACUACGUUUUCGAGCAGAACAUGCGCCAGACAUUCAAAUACAUCAAUGUGGUUGCAAAGUUUCGAACGAUCAAUCGCAGCAACUGGAAAACCAUAGAGAAUUGGGUGCGAAACCUAUUGACAGAUGGAGGCUACGAGGCGCUCCAGGUUUGCACCGGCGGAUUGGAUGUGCUGCAGCUUCCCAGCAGUAAUGGCCAAUUAAAAUCGGUUUACUUGGGCCCAGGUCGCGUCAAUCCCGUACCCAAGUGGUUGUUCAAGAUUGUUAGCGAUGGUGAAGAAAGUCUCUACGCAAUUCUCACCUAUAAUAAUGUGCACAAUUCAAGUGCGCCUCUGCCGCCACAUUGCCAGCGGGUCCAAUGCCCGCAAACGUUGGCGGUGCAGGACACCAAAGAGGCUGGUUUUACCUUUUGCUGUGAGCCCAACAGUUUUAUCAAUAAAAAUGUUCCCCACUUGGCGGGAGUUUGUUGAAACUUUAUCGA